UGCCUUCAGAUCAGUCACCAGGCUCCACUUCUUCCACUCCUGGGUUUCUGGUUCCAAACCCUCCUCCUUCUUUCCUCUCUGAGCAUCAGAGCCUGUCUUCUCCUCCUCUCUCCAUCCUCUCCUCCUCUCUCCAUCCUCUCCUCCUCUCUCCAUCCUCUCUCUCCCUCCAUCCAGCCAUCAUUGCCCCUAAAAGCAGGCAGCAGGACCCGCCUGCGCUCCCGCGGCUCGCUGGCAGGAAGCGGGCUGUGGCAGCGGGGGUCCUGGGGAUCAUGGUGGUUCUGGUUCUGGUAGUCCUCAUCCCGGUUCUGGUCAGCUCCGCCGGAACUUUGGCUCACUAUGAAAUGCUCGGCGCGUGCAGGAUGGUGUGCGACCCGUACGGAAGCAGCCCGCCGAGCAGCACCCCGGACAGCAGCCUCCUGCAGUCUCUGCCCACCUUCAUCCAGGGGCCCAGAGGGGACCCGGGCCGCCCCGGGAAGCUGGGGCAGAGGGGGCCCCCAGGGGAACCGGGGCCCCCCGGACCCGCGGGGCCACCCGGGGAUAAAGGCGAGCCGGGCAGACCUGGACCCCCGGGACCCAGCGGAGUCUCUGGCGCCAUCAGCGCGGCCACCUACAGCACCGCGCCGAGGAUCGCCUUUUACGCAGGGCUGAAGAAGCAGCACGAGGGAUACGAAGUGCUGAAGUUUGAUGACGUGGUGACCAACCUGGGAAACCACUACGACCCAACAUCCGGGAAGUUCACCUGCUCCAUCCCUGGGAUCUAUUUCUUCACCUACCACGUCCUGAUGCCGGAGAGACAGAAGAACCGCAUGCAAAAAGGAGGAGACGGAACCAGCAUGUGGGCCGACCUGUGCAAGAACAACCAGGUCAGAGCCAGUGCCAUAGCCCAGGACGCAGACCAAAACUAUGACUAUGCCAGUAACAGCGCCGUGCUGCAUCUAGAACCUGGAGACGAGAUCUACAUUAAACUAGAUGGAGGCAAAGCUCACGGAGGCAACAACAACAAGUACAGCACCUUCUCUGGAUUCAUCAUCUAUGUGGACUAGAGGAAGACUGCAGAGUUCUCAUUCCUUCACUCAUUUGGCUGCUGAUCAUUCUCCACUUCCUAACUAAAUCUGCUGAAGUAGUGAGGAGGCAUUAAGAAACUCCUCAUCUUACUCUAUUGAUGCUUCAUGGGGUAAAUCGUUUUAUAUUAAUAAUAAUAAUAAUAAACCACCAGCUGAUGCAGGAAAACAUCUGAAACAUGCAGAGCAGCUGAAACCAGGAAUUCAGCUCUAAUCACUUUACUGUGUCACAGUAAAUGAUUUCAGCAAAUAAAACAAAGGGAACAGUUUAAAAAAGUUAUUCAAGUUUGAGGUAAUUAUUUAGAUUCAAAGUUAAAUAAUUCAGUUUAAUGAACUUGCCUCCUGCUGAAUAUAGUUCCCAAUAUUCAUCAUCUGAACUAAGUGGACUUUAUGUAUUUUCUUCCUUUGGAAAACAGAUGAAAAUAAAAGACAAGAUGAAGAGUCAAGAUGUGUAAAAAGCAGUAGCCUCAGUGUUCAGCUGGAGACGGACGGCUGCAGAGGCGCUCCUGUCACAGAUCCCAUCCCUAUCAUCUGCAGGGCUUCAGGUCUGCAGUGCAGAUCACCAACGCUUCAGUCAUUAAACCCAGACGGUCCAGGAGUCUUUGUCCAGAAUCAGCCCUGGGAUUAACAAAGACUCCUGGAUAGGUGACGAAACAUCCUCAGAAACUGAGCAGCAGUCUGGUUGCCUUUCAACUGAAGCCUGUUAUCUUUAACCACAUCCGCUAUCACUGCUGUCAAUCUGAUAAGGAUGUUUCACGCUCCUGUUUGGGAGCUUUCAUAUAAAAUAAGCCCUAAUCUCUAUCUGAUGUCACAAACUUAUUAAACUAAAUAUUUAGCACUUAUAAACUUUAAAGGUAAAACAAACUCUUUACAUAAGUAGAACUUUCACAAAAUAGAACCAAUAAUAAAAUACUAACAGGGGG